AAACAUCAGCAAUGAACAUACGGGUGACCUAAUCUCCGAGACUUAGACCAUACAGAUACAAGAACUAAUGUGGAUGCCACCAGACUGUGUCACAACGCGAAUGAUACCAGGAUGGAGAGAGCAGCCGCAGUCGUCAUUUUCUCGCUCAUUUUCUCGACAUCGCAGAUAAACUGCCAAGAGGCCAUCUUGCAGAUUUCAAAUGGAAACACAAAUAGGGAGUACUGCAUUGUCUACAAUCAGUCCUGGACCCCCCUGUCUCAAACCCUUGGUGCUGCUGUGCAGUAUCCACUGGUGAACAUGACCUCCAGUGUGCUGUGUAACAGCUCCGGGAUCAGUCCAGAUGUGGUCAAGGGCAAAGCGCUGGUGGUGAUGCGGGGGGAUUGUGAUUUCAGCCACAAAGCUCUGGUUGCUCAGAGCCUCGGAGCUACAACUCUGCUCAUUGCCAGCAACAACACUUUGGUCACUCCAUCUGCCAACGACUCCGAGUAUGCAAAGGUCCACAUUCCUCUGGCUCUCAUGAGGUACAGGGACUUCCUGGAAGCACAGCAGGUGUUUGGUGAAGGAAUGCAGGUGAAGCUUUAUGCUCCACCUCACUCUAAGAUUGAUCCAAGCAUUGCAGUCAUGCUACUGAUUGCCAUCGUCACGGUCGCCUUGGGAGGCUACUGGAGCGGGGCAUGUGAGAGGGACCGGUUGAAUAGUGGUACAGAAGGGGGAGGGGGAGAUGGCAAAGCAGACAGUGGAGAGCUUUUCCUGUACUCUCCUCUGAAAGUGGUUAUCUUUGUUGCCCUGAUGUGUGGGAUGCUGGUCCUCAUGUACUUCUUCUAUAACAUCCUUGUUUACAUCAUCAUUGCUAUAUUCUGCAUGGCAUCCGCCUCGGCACUCUUCAGCUGUCUAGAUGCGGUGAUGGAAAAAAUCGGUUGUGGCACUGUGAGCUUCUCUGUCCGAAAUUGGAACUUCUCGGUGAGGUCUCUCAUCCUGGCUGCUGUGUGCAUCAGCAUUGCAGUGAUCUGGGGAGUCUACAGGAAUGAAGACAGGUGGAUUUGGAUCUUGCAGGACCUCCUUGGCAUUGCUUUCUGCCUCAACUUCAUGAAGACCAUUUCACUGUCCAACUUCAAGAUCUGUGUGAUUCUGCUGAGCCUUCUGCUUGUGUAUGACGUCUUCUUCGUUUUCAUCACUCCUUUCUUCACCAAGAAUGGCGUUAGCAUUAUGGUGCAGGUUGCCCUGGGCCCGGAUGCAUCUGGAGAGAAGACGCAAGGUAACAUGGUGGAGGUCCCUGCUGAACCCCAGACUCCCUCUGAGAAACUGCCAGUGGUUAUGCGUGUCCCGCGGUUCUUAGCUUGGGCUCAGAACCUGUGUGGGAUGCAGUUCUCCAUUCUGGGUUACGGAGAUAUCAUUGUUCCAGGUCUCCUGGUGGCCUACUGCAGCAGGUUUGAUGUUUGGAUCAACAGCAGAAGGAAGGUCUACUUCAUCAGCUGCUGCAUCGCCUAUCUGCUGGGAAUGAUAAUGACGUUCGCUGUGAUGCUGCUGUCAGGGAUGGGCCAGCCUGCCCUACUCUACCUGGUGCCCUUCACCCUGAUAACCUCUGCCGUGGUGGCUGGGUGCAGGGGAGAGAUGAGGCAGUUCUGGGCAGGAACCACCUAUGAGGUGUUGGACUCAUCCAGGGAACCUUUGCUGCCAGAGGGAAGAACUGACAACUCCAUAGAAGGAGAGAAAUGCUGACUUACAGUGUUAAGAAUGGACCCAACUGCUGGAUGCUUCUUUUUUUUUUUUACAUUUUAAUAUAACAUUUGCAAAGCAAGGGAAUAUAUGUUAUUGAUAAACAGAUUCUUACAACAGUGUGGGUUCAUUUGACUGCUAUGAAUGGUGGUUAGAAGGCUAAUCUAUAUUGUGUAGGUGGAACAGAGCUGUUUUUAAGUGAUUGAAAGGCUUGUUUAGUGCCUGAAAGUUCAGUUAAUUGUAAUGACUUUGCCUUGGUGAUGAUUGCAUACAGCAAAAUGAGAAAGCACUUUAUAAUAUUCAGCUUGACGGUUGUUUCAUCAGGGGUGGGGUUGGGGGUUUAAUUACUUAUAGCCAACAAUAUUGAUACAUUUUUGAUAACUGUUUUGGGGUUUCUGUGUAACCUGUUUGUAUGAUGUGAUUUCUUUCAUUGCCUUAUAUUAAAAUGAACUUUGAUUUAA